AUUUAUGAUCAUGGACUCACAAAUCUACUUUAGCUAAGUUUUAUUAGGCAAGUUUAUAUGAAAUCUAAUAUACUACAUUCUGUAUAAACAUUGGAAACUCAUUAUUAUUACAGUACUUGGAGGUUUUAGGCAAUAAAUAUUUGAACUGAAAUAGAAACUAUUGUUUAAUGCUUCAUAAUUCUCUUGAAAGGAAGUGGAAAACCUCAGUGGUUUUAGUGCUUCUGCAUUGUGCUGAAACCUGUAGUUUGAUCAACACCGUUACGAACGACAUACACAAUGGAGAAAGUCAUUUUCUUUUUCUGUGUUUUUUCUUGUUGGAUUAUGCAAAUCACAUCUAAUGUUGCAUCAGUGCGAGGAUCUUUUGAUCUGUUAAGGGUUCAGAAGGGAGAAAGCAUCAGUCUGAACUGCAGCAUGAAAAACCGAUAUGAAAUCGCCUGGUAUCACCUCAAUUUUGAACAAAUAAAUCUACUGAUUUCUGCAAAGAAAGAAAAAAUAAUAGGAAAUCUUCUGCCCAACUACAAUCAAAACAGCACUCGUCUGAAAAUUAUUGCAGACACAUGGAUCACCAGAGCCACGCUGGUUAUUUCUGGAGUAACAGAAUCAGAUGUGGGUCUUUAUUUCUGUGGAACAAAGUCUGACGCUCCAGAGAUGUUCUUUGACAAACCCAUCAGGCUAGAGAUCGAGGGUCUUUCUUUAACAGAAGAGCCAAAAGAAGUUGACAUCACAAGUAAUAUGGAGUGACUACGAAAGAGAGAGCAUUGAUGUUCGGUGGUGUUGGUCUGGCUGUGCUUGUGUUUUUUCUGGCUACAGUCAUCGCAGGAGGAAUCAUUCACUAUCGCGGCUGGCAGAAAGGAUGGGCUGCAGCCAAACGCUCAUCUCUCAUGAAUCACAAAUCAGCUAAAUAACUUCUAUUUCUGCUUUAUUUUACAGUCUAUCUCAAAUUCCUGAGCUUUGCUUUGCAUUGCUGUAGGUUACCACAGAUUAAAACAGAAGACUGUGGCCUAGAUGCUUUUCCUGUUGACCAGACCUACUUUCACUUUAGAGAAACUGAGAUCAUGUAGCAAAC